GAAAAAAUUCGAAAUACACCGCUUCCAGACCAUAACUCAAAUUUUCGUCCUAACGCCGCCGGAAACCUUCCACUUAGGUUUUCUCCCGCGGAGUCCAUUCCUGCCGCUGCUCGCUGGUCUCUGGCUCGCCGUCUUCAGGUAAGUGACAUUAUGCAGCACGAUGAGGUCAUAUGGCAAGUUAUCAGGCACAAUCACUGCAGUUUCAUGGCCAAGAUAACGGCAGGGAACUUCUGUAGGAACCCGUAUAAUGUCACUGGCAUUUGCAAUCGGAGUUCUUGUCCCCUCGCCAACAGUCGAUACGCCACUAUCCGUGACCACGAUGGUGUCUUCUAUCUGUACAUGAAAACCAUAGAGAGAGCUCAUAAGCCGAACCAGUUGUGGGAACGAGUGAAGUUGCCGAGGAAUUACGAGAAGGCACUUGAAAUUAUUGACAAGCAUCUAAUGUACUGGCCAAAGUUACUUAUUCACAAAAUAAAGCAGCGGCUUACAAAAAUGACUCAGAUGCGUAUUCGUAUGCGGAAGCUUGCUCUAAAAACACGUGAGAAGGUAGUUACACUUCCUAGAAAAGAGAUCAAGAGAGAUGCAAGAAGGUUGGAGAAAGCUGAAAAGGCAGCUGUUUUGGACAAGAGUAUUGAGAAAGAGUUGGUGGAGCGGCUCAACAAAAACGUUUACGGCGAUAUCCAUAACUAUCCUCUUAAGCAUUUCGAAAAUCUUCUUGACAUGGAAGAAUCCCAAAUUGAUGCCCCAGAAGAGGAAGAGGAGGAAUAUGAUGUAGAAUACCUUGAAGGUGAUUAUGAUGAACUGGAAGAGGAAGAUGACAUUGAAGAUUUUGGCAAAUUAGCUAUGGAGUUUCCAGAGGAUCAUGGUGAUGAACUGGACGAUGAAGAGAUGGAUGCAGUUGGCAAAAAUGAGAAGAAAAGGUCCGGUUCCGCUCAUGGGAAGCUGGGUAAGGAUGAAGCUAAGAAGAAGAAACCACGGGUGCUGGUGGAGAUUCUUAUUCGCCUCCCCGACCCUAGAUUCGCCUGCCGCUGUAAAUCUGUCUGCAAGCGCUGGAGCUCCCUCAUCUCCAGUCUCUGCUUCAAUCGGCGUUUCGUUUAUCAUCACCAGAGCAUUAACCAACUUCCUAUGCCGGAGGAUCCAAACGAGCUGCAAUCGGCCAUCUGGAGCUUCCUCCAACGCAUACCCCUCAGACACGUUCGAGUCCCUCCCAUGCCUCCUUUUAGGUACGUUCGAGACGCCCCUUUAAGAGUUCUGGAUUGCUUCAGAGACUUGCUCUUGUGCGGAUUUUGGGAUAUAUAUGGCGACAAUAACGAAUUGGAGAGAUCGUACUUGGUCUGCAAUCUGUUCACGAAGCAAUGGAUUGCCCUUCCUCUAGCGCCCAAAAAGCCUGUUGGGUAUAAAGAAGACGUUGGGAGGUUAGUUUGUGAACCCUGUGAUCCUAAGAAAUUUGAUCUAGGAGAUGACAAAGCGUUUGUUUAUUCUUCUGAGUAUCGGUUCAAGGUGGUGUGUUAUUAUCAACAUAUGCAGUCUACAAAACUAGACGUGUUUUGUUCAGAGUCUGGGAAAUGGACUCAGGAGGCCCUUGUUCUUAGUGGUUAUCUCAGCCAUCAUCGUUGCAGCCUGUCCAUGGGUGGUGUCUCAAUGUCUACCCAUUCUCGUCUCAGUCAAAAGAUAUCCAAGAGUGAGGAAGAAACUAUGGACGGCUCUGCCUUGUCUGCUGCUACUGAUGCUGCCAAUCAAAUCUUUCAGCCUGAAGUGUAA